UGGUUUUGUAAACACAAGAAGCUGUCUCUUUCCUAUGUGACUUUUGACGACAUAUUUUAGGAAUCCAAGCUCAACGCUAAGUCAUAGAAUUUACGAAUCAACAUAAAGGAAAUCAAAAUGAUCAUCAGAGCUGGUCUUCUCUUUUUAUGCAUACCUAUUGUCCAAACAAUAGAGAAAACAUCCUGUCCACAUUCUCUUUCAACCGCCAGACACAAUGUUAAGUGUCCAACUAAUGAAAGGGAAUUAGGAGAAAGAGCAAAAUUGUACAACUGUGAACAACACGAGCAGAACUGCACUUCAGCUGCAAAUUACAAAUACCACUGUGUUUUGAAUGCAAAAGGUGAUGGUACUAUCGAACUUUGCGCACCAGUUGUGGAUAUAAUAGGUGGCCUCUGUACGGAAUUCACAACCGGGGGUCUAUUUCUCCAGGAACAUGCAGAGAAGAAUUGCAACAGUUGUCCUUUUAAGUAUAUUUCGUCUAAUGUUUUUAAUUACAAAGAAUGUUACCAAUUUCAAACAAAUGAAGAGGCUGAUACCAAAAGCAGUUUGUUUUCAACACAUUCAGCUAUCAGAAGUACAAGAUAUUUCACGACUUCUAGCUAUGAAGCUAUAAACAGCUCAAAGAGUGGUGAGGAAACCCUAAAAAAAGAUAAGGACUUUGAUGUUCCUAAGGAGAAGUGGUGGUACAUUUUAAUUAUUACCAUUGGAGUAAUAGUCUUUGUAAGCAUUGUGGUAAUUAUACUGGCGUUUGGAUACAAUUUCAAAGAAAAGAUUUGCCCUAAGAAUACAUACAAUGAAAGUGAAGUGCAUGAAACCGAGAAAACGCCAAUGAAUAAUGCUAACCAACAUAUGAAGACAUCUACUUAUGAGAAAAAUGAAAAAAGGUGGACAAGGAAAAAAUUGGUUGAAUUCUGCCAACAGAACUGGAACUGUUUCAUCUGUGAAAAAAGAAAAGACAAGAACUUACAGACGUCUGAUUCCAUAAUCGUUGGGGAAAACAAGUUACUGAAUGUAGUCUGAGAAAGAAAAUAUUCCAUAAAUGUGAUUUAUUUUGUCAACUAUUGGACACAUUUUUGCUAAAAGAAAUAACACUCUUACUAAAUACUCAUUAAUUAUCAGGACCUCACUUUGCGGGUGCCCAACGUAAUCAGUCUGUCAGUCCUUCCGUCCAUCUGUCCAUCCGAUAUCACCUGAAUGAAUAGUAUUUUCUUACUCCAUGGACCCAGUCUGGCUCAUACUUCAUCCCUAGAGUAUCUUUGUUUAGAGAAUGUGUAGUGAUCUGGAAUGAAGUUUCUAUGUCAAAGGUCAAGUUAAAAAAAAAACACCUCUGUGUAAAAUUUUUGUCUGGAGCGUAUAUUUUUACCCUUUUUCCUCUUUUGAUCGUACUUCACCCAUGAAGUGCUUGCACGUUAAGAGUGUCAAUUACCUUGAAAAAUUUUAGUAGGUAAGAGGUCGAGGUCAAAGCAGAUAUCUUUGUUAUAUACCCCCCCUUCGCCCAUUCUAGCUCUACGUCACCUAAAGUGUCCUUGCUGGUAGAAAGUUUGCUGUGAACUUGAACCUUUUUUGACCAUUCGGAUUAGAUAACAUUUUCUGUGUAAAAUAUUUGUUGUGAGCAUAUUUUCUCCCCACCCCACCCUUUCCCAGUAUGAAACAUAAUAUAACCUAAAGGUUCUUGUAGAUAGAGGAUAUGCAGUGACAAAUUUUCUUAAUCAAAGGUCAAUGUAAAAAAAAAUCCCCAUAAAAUUCUUGGCCUAUUUAUUUCCUGUUAGGCCCUAUCAGAAUCGAACUUCACUGCCUUUGCUGAAAAAAAGGUGCAGUGAUAAUUAUCUUUUUUUUUCUACAUUAAAGGUCAAGAUCAAAGCCUAUCUGUGCAAAUUCAUUGCCCAGAGCAUUUUUUCUCGAUUUGGCCUUACCUGCCUCAUACCUCACCCAAAAGGUGCCCAUGAGGAAAUGUGCAUGUCAAAGAUCAAGCUCAGACUCCAGUUCCAAUCCUUUACGUGUACUUGUCACAAUCACUCUUUUGUCCUUUACUAAAGUGAGGCCCUUUGAAACUGGCACCAUCUCAAAGGAAGUUACUUAUUUUUCAAUCUUGAUGUUUUUAAGCUUUUUGUGCCACAAGAAUUACUACAUAACGUUUUAUUGCAGUUAAUGACAUGCGCCUUAUUUUUAUUCCAAAAGAUUAAUUUAAUUUAAUCGUUUAAUUACAUUAUUUCUAUUUUAAUAAAAUUGUAAUUUUAGCACAAGAUUUGCAAGUUUAUGGUUAAUUAUUCAAAUUUUAAAUCAGACGUUGAGGAACCUUGAGCUGGAAAAAAAAACCCUAGUCAAUUAUUUUUCAUGCUAUGUCUAUGAUUGAUACAGUUUUUAUUCUUAUUACUGUAAAUCAAUUUUUAAACUCGAGAACAUAUUGCGUUAUUACGCCAUACGGUCUGCUUGCUAAAACUUUAUUCUUGGGUAUAUCAAUAUUAUAAAGGAUUGUGUACAAUAAUAACAAUAUUUGAGACAAUUGUGUUUCGCUUGUAUAUACCAAAUACGCAUAUACAUGUACUUUUUGACAGUAUUAAAACA